AAAAAGAUGCUGUGUUUUCAGACCUCGAAUAAUGCAAAGAAAACAAGUUCAUAUUCAUUUUUAAACAACACAAUACUAAUAUUUUAACUUAGGAAGAGUUCAGAAAUCAGUAGUUGGUGGAAUAACCCUGAUUUUCAAUCACAGCUUUCAUGCGUCUUGACAUGCCUUCUACCAGUCUUUCACAUUGCUGUUGGGUGACUUUAUGCCACUCCUGGCGCAAAAAUUCAAGCAGCUCGGCUUUGUUUGAUGGCUUGUGACCAUCCAUCUUCCUCUUGAUCACAUUCCAUAGGUUUUCAAUGGGGUUCAGGUCUGGAGAUUGUGCUGGCCAUGACAGGGUCUUGAUCCCGUGGUCCUCCAUACACACCUUUGGGGCUUUUCCACUGCAUGGUACAGCUCGACUCGACUCUGCUUGCUUUUUGGGGGUUUUCCACUGUGGAUAGUACCUGUUACCUGAUACUUUUUUUUAGUACCAACUCGGUCGAGGUUCCAAGCGAGCCGAUACUAAAUGUGACGUCAAAACCCUGCAGAUCACUGAUUGGUCAGAGAGAAUUGUCACUACCAGCGUCACUGGAUUUGCAACAUGGGACAUCAACCCGCUAGUUUUAAAGUUAGCAACAGCGCUAGCAGUAUCAUUUGUUAACGUGACUUUCGAAUUGUAAAAAGAAAUGGCUGUGCACAAAACCACGCCGUGGUCAAUAAACGAGGUGCAGAUGUUCCUCUCAUUAGCGACAAAUGAAACGACGCGAAGCGAAAAAGUCUUUCAGGAAGUGUCUCAGCUGUUGGCCGCACACGGCUACCACCGGACCUACCAACAGUGUAGGGAAAAGUAAAAAAAAACUUAAGUGACUACAGAAUCAUCAAGGACCACAACAGCCGGAGUGGUUCAAACAGAAGAAAGUGGAAGUGGUUCGACCAAAUGGAUGUUAUCUAUGGCAAUAGACCGGCGAGCAAUGGGAGGGAGAGUGCCCUGGACUCGGCGUUGUUGGAGUCCACAAUGGAGGAUGGCCUGGAUUUGGCGGCCGGAAGGAAGGAGCAGUGUGGCUUCCCUCUCCUCUCAUGUCCCCUCCCUGUAUGUCCUUGCAUGCCAGUGCCCCCUCGUCUCCCCCCUGUGUCUCACCCCGUCAGCCCUCUGUGUUCCUCCCCCUCAUGCUCGGGACAGACUGGCCUCACUGUCAGACCAAUGACUGCCUGGAUCAUACUGCCUGUCAGCCUGGCUGCCUUCUCUAUCACUGGAAUAUGGAUAGUAUAUGCUAUGGCCGUAAUGAACCACCAUGUUUGUCCUGUCGAAAACUGGUCGUACAAUGUGACAUGCACAGAGGAAACUGCCAAGCCAGGCUUCCCGAAAACAUGCUGCACACUUCAAGACAUCCCCCUCAUUAGUAAAUGUGGAUCUUACCCUCCAGAAAGCUGUCUGUUCAGUCUCAUCGGUAAUGUUGGAGCUUUCAUGGUGGUGUUGGUGUGUCUGCUUCGUUACGCUCAGAUCAUUGAGCACAGGAGCCACUGCUGGUUGAACACCAGUGGACUCGUGUCUGGAUGCACCAAUGCUUUGGGACUGGUCAUGGUGGGCAACUUCCAGGUGGACCAUGCUAAAACACUUCACUAUGUAGGUGCAGGUGCCGCCUUCCCAGCAGGCAUUCUGUUCGUGUGUUUGCAGUGUGUGCUGACAUAUCGGGUGGCUGUCACCGCUCUAGACUACUGGAUGGCUUAUGUGCGAGUGGCACUGGCUACUGGUGCUCUAAUCACAUUGGUUCUCAGUGGAAUAUUCUUCAUCCAUGAGAGCUUUGUGCUACAGCACGCAGCAGCCAUCUGUGAGUGGGUCUUCACUGUAGUCAUCCUUGUAUUCUACGGAACUUUCACCUACGAGUUCGGCACCGUCACAACUGACACCAUGUUGGCCGGCCUCCAGCGGAACUUCUCACAUGGGCCUGGUGUCAUUAUUGGAGACGAUGUCCAAGCAGGUGCCACAAAGGGUCUGAAAUCCCCAGGAGGAAGCAGUACCUCCACCCAUCUGAACUGCACUCCUGAGAACAUCGCAAUGCUUUAAUCCUCUUAUUAACACACACAUCUGCACACACACACACACACGGUCACAUACUGCAGGGUGGGAGGCCUCACACUGGUGCUUCCUACAUUAAAGACCACGUUAAAGGAAUAUUCCGGGUUCAGUACAAAUUAAGCUCAAUCAACAGCAUUAGUGGCAUAAUGUUGAUUACCACAAAAAAAAAUUUUUAUUCGUUCCUCCUUUUCUUAAAAAAAAAAAAGCAAAAAUCAAGGUUACAGUGAGACACUUACAAUGGAAGUGAAUGUGGCCAAUUUUUAGAGGGUUUAAACAGAAAUGUGAGGCUUAUAAUUUUAUAAAAGCACUUACAUUAAUUACACACUUGUGUAUUAAUUGAGCUCUAAAAUUGUUUAGAUUGUCAUUUUUACAGUCAUUUUAGGGUUUGUUAACAUUACAUCGUCAUGGUAACAAAGUUGUAAAAUUGGCUAUAACUUUACACAGAAAAGGUUAGUGAGCGACUUUAUCACACUAAAAUCACAUUUACACGCAUAUCCUUUGUCUUGUGGCUAAACUUUUUAAACGGUGAGUAUUUUAACGUUCGAAAUUGACCCCGAUUCACUUCCAUUGUAAGUGCCUCACUGUAACCAAAAUUUUAGAUCUUUUUUUUUAAAAGAAAAGGAGGGACGAGUUGAAAUAGAUUUUUGUGGUGAUCAAUAUUAUGCAACAAAUGCUGUUGACAGCUUAACUUGUAUUGAACCCGGAAUAUUCCUUUAAGGCAGAGAUUAAAGUUGAUAAACUUUAGAGGAACCGACCAGUAAAGUCAAUGGUUAAAUUGAUAGUUCACCCAAAAAUUCAUCAUUUAUUUACCCUCAUUUUGUUCAAAACCAGUAUGACUUUCUCCCGUGGAACACAAAAAGAGAUGCUAUUAGGCAGAAUAACAACCUCAGUCACCUUUCAGUUUCAUUGCAUCUUUAUUCCAUACAAUGAAAGUGAAUGGUGUCUAAGGCUGUCAUUUUGCCUAACAUAUCCUUUUUUUGUUCCAUAGAAAAAAGAAGUCAUACAAGUUUGGAACAACAUGAGACAAACAUGAGUAAAUGAUGACAGAAUUUUCAGAUUUGGGUGAACUAUCCCUUUAAGGACAGAUUGGCUUUACAGGUGUGAUUCACUCAAGUUUCUGUUACAUGGGCUGUUUUUUUUUUUUUUUUUUUUUUUUUUUAAGAUAAAGACAGAAUGGGUAUUUUAGCUCUGCUUCAAGGUUAUUGUUGUCGUGGCACAAAUCAAAUGGUUUGUGAGGUUACUUUGCUUUUGCUUGAACUGUUACUCUGGGCGAUGGAAUAUAUUUUUACUGUCACGUUUGCACAAAAGUUUCAGGGGUGUCUCUUUUUGUGCUUGCAACUGUUUGCCCACCCUUACUGUUGCAAAUGGAUGAUUUGCACAAUAUAACACAAUGAAUGAACUCUUAGUUUUAAGUUCUUUUCACUUUAAUGAUUUAUGGGAUUGCAGGCUAUCAGGAUCAAAGUAUUAGUAUUUUGAAACUGAAUUUUCAAAAUUUAGAGGGAAUUGUAGCCUUUGAGCGGAUGAUCGAAAGCCAAAUCUAAUUUAAACUGUUGAACCAACAUUUAUUCUAACUUUAUUCUAAAUAAAUAUAUAUAUAAUGAUGCAGUGGGUAAGAAAAAUGUUUUGUCAUGAUGGCUUGCUUUUGUGCUGUUUUGUUUUCGUUUUAAUUCCCUGAACGGUGGGCCUUGUUUUUUGCUUAGAGCAUGGGGAAGUGAUGUAAUGUAAAGUGACACCAGCUCUAAUCUCUGCAAUCCUGGUAUGUUAAAAAUCUGUAGUCUAUAAUAAGUACAUUUUUACUUGCUGUACGUUGAAUACAGGUACAGGAAAAAGGUUUUUAUAUUUCCUUUCUUUUAAAACCAUUUUUUAAAGUAGUGUUACUGUCUUUUGGGUCAUGAAACCACUCACAAAAUGCCACAUCCAUUGAACGUUUCUCAUUUGCAUUUACUUUGCCUGCAUAUCUUUGAACAUUUUUUCCAAUUGAUUUUGCGCAGUUUUGUGCAUCACCAUGACAUAACUACUCAUAUUUUGUAAAGUUCAAGAGCUGCCAUUAACUGGUGUGAAAAGAGUGAAAUUUUACGUAACCACAUGAGUCAAUGUUUCAUCUUUUUCUUUUUUGUACACUUUUUCUGUUGCCAAAGGGUUUGUCUCAUUUUCUUAAAUAUGUACUGUAUUCCUUAAAUUCUCUCGUGCCAUUUGUUUUUCUGUGUAGCAGUACACAGCCACCAAGAAAGCUACAACAUUUAGAAAAUUAUUCCAGUGCAGUACAGCAAUAUCAAAUUUUGAAAUGCAUAAAUGAAUGACAGACAACUGGUCUCCAGGCUGGAACCUAGGAAACCAUGUUUGAACUUUCUGAAGGUUGAGUGGUUAUGGUGGCCUUAAUGUUACUGUAGUAUUCGUUAGAUGAUUCCAGACUUUCAAUCAAAGGGUCCCUAUUGCUUUAAAAGUGACCCCAAAUUCAUUAUGCUUUAAUGUUUUGAAUUUCACAGAGAAAUGUGCCAGUCAAUGUCUUUGUUUGUUUUGUCGCCCUUCAGUGGGGCAAGUUUGUGCUGCCUCGUUUCAUGCCAGUGAUUACACUGUAAAUUUAGUUGUGGUCUCUAGGCAGCAUACAUGUUUAUUUCUGUUGAUUCUAUUAUUGGAGAGCUACAGUAUUUGAUGCAUUGUUUCUAGCUGCUCUUGUGCAAGAGAGGAUUCACAGGGCUGUUUUAAGAUGCACUGUACAACUGCUGGAUAGCAGUUACCUCUCCAAUAACUAGUUGAUCAUUACAAGAUUCUCAAUUCAACUCAAGCCAAACUGCUUAUGAUAGAGGUACAAAUACAGGUCUAUUAGGAUAUUAGGUAAUGCAAAGCUGUUUUUUGAGCAUAUAAACCUAAAGUCAAUGUUUAUGUAAUAUCUUACUGAUUGCCUUUUUUGUCACAUCCCAGCAGAAUGAGUGAGCAGCAGGGCUGAUGUGAUGGUUUGCAUACAACUGUUGGUAUAAAUGACAUGCAAUACUUACGAUUGCAUAUGGUGCAUUUUACAUUAUAUUAUCAGACUAAUAGGGCAAUCAUUUAUGUGUAACUUCAGAGCAAAAGGCUGUGAAAAGAUUGGAAACAUAUUUCUCAGAUUUGUUAAUUUUAAGGCCUGGGUCAAAACUGCAUUAUAUUGAAAAAUUGUCUAAUAUUUUUGUUUAAUUUUGUUGCCAACUUUUUCAAUGUAUCUGUGCUUGUUAGACAAUGUUGUAAGACCCCACACAUUAGGAAAAGUCACACUCUGAGGACUAUUUGAAUCUACCCGCAUGAAAAAUAUUUCAAGUAAAUAUCUGGCUUUGGUUGAUGAUGAUGUUUCUUUCUUGAAGUUUUUAUGACUUUCACCUGUAUGUUGUUCUCUGUAUAGAAGAUAUUUUUAAGACUUUACAGGAUACAAAUGAAAAAUUAUCAACUCGUUAUGUCUGUUGAGAAUGAAAUAAUGACAUGAGGUUCACACUCCAAAACUGAAAUAAAAACAAUGCAGAGGAUAUUGUUAUUUUAUAAAAUACUUAUGUAAUUAAGAUUUAUGUAUCUUUUUUUUUCUUCUUAGACAAGAGAUUUAUAUUGAAUAAGUACCAAAAAUCAUAUGAGAAAUAAACAGAUGUAUAUGUA